AUGUUAUCAGAGCUGCAAAAAAUAUCUCUCAGCUGUAGCACCCUUUCGGUGCCUAGCUGCCAUACCAGCCGAAGGAAACACGAGGACUGGAAUACUGCCAAGCUGCCCAAACCUAGGCUGGGGAAGUUGAGGGACAGGAGUCGGGUUCGAACCACGCACCUUCCGGUCGUUUACUUGAAGAAGUUUACGUCAUUCGUGACCCUUUUGCGGAAGACAACUUGGGCGGUGUCAUACUGGGUUCUGAUUGUUCUCUAUGCAAAGAAAUGGUCUGUACGUCGCAGACGUGCUCUACAUUUUACACCAAGCGAUACUGCAGAGAUUGCUGCACCUUACGGGCAAAUGAACUGCCUUCUGAUAGUCGAUCUGUACGUUUUGUGUAAAUCACUAAUGACGUUACAAUUAGGAGAUACAGAAGCAGUUUAUGACCUGACGAUUCGAGCAUACCUACAGGCAGGCCUCAUUUGCAGAACGAAAUAUCCAUUUAAACAUAUCCAAAUCUCCAUCACACCACUAACUGCGUAUAAACAACUUAGAGGAAGAAUAGAAUUCACCCGAUGGGUGAAUCUUCCAUCACUAGAGGAGUCAGUCAACAAGUGA